GGGGGCUCAGGGAGGACUUUGCGUUCACACACUCGCAGGCUGGCAGCCGGGAUCCGCAAUUUCCAGGCGCUUUCUUUGCACCGGGAUUUUUUUGUUGGUUUUUUUGGUUACCUUUCGCAGUCGGCGCAAAGCGAGGCAAGCCGCAGCCUGCUUCCCAGCUGAGGAGAGGUGGGGACGUGGAGCUGGCGUUCAGGGCUAUGAAUAGCCGCAGCUCUCCUCAGCCAGUGAGAAAAGCUUCUUGGUGACCUACUUCUUGGUGCUUUUACCUGGGAAGGGCUGGAGUUUAUCUGCCCAAGUGGAACAGCCGUCUGCUUCCCGGCGGGACCCUGGAGCAGAAGCCCAGUGCCUAAGCUGCUCCAGAUGUGGAGUCGCGCAGCUGGCCGGACCAAGUGGAAUUGGGAUCUGGCCACUGGUUUCAUUUGCGAGAUCGGGAUGCACCGGCGUCUCGGCGACUGAUCAGACCAGGAGGGACAGGACCCUUCUCUGUCGCCGCACCCAACCCCCUCCCGCUGCGCCACUGAGUCGCAGGGCGUCGUUUUCUUCUGAGAGGAGCCCAGCCAGCUGAUCAAAAUAGAGUCCCUCAAGGUGACAGUCGACUUCCUGAAGGUGCCCCUGGGCCUGAAGAAGCCCGCGCUGAAGGAGGCAGCGGCCGCCUUGGCUGCUGUCCCCGUCGGGAGACCCAAGUCCGUCAACGUGGAGCGCUACAAGGCCCGGUGCUCUGACAACAUGGACAACGAGUCGCAGUACUCGGGGUACUCCUACAAGUCGGGGCACUCGCGCAGCUCCCGCAAGCACAGAGACCGGCGGGACCGGCACCGCUCCAAAAGCCGGGACGGGAGCCGGGGAGACAAGUCGGUGACCAUCCAGGCCCCGGGGGAGCCCCUGCUGGAUAAUGAGUCGACCAGAGGAGAUGAGAGGGAUGACAACUGGGGCGAGACCACCACGGUGGUGACUGGCACCUCGGAGCACAGCAUCUCACACGAUGACCUCACGCGCAUCACCAAGGACAUGGAGGACAGCGCCCGCCUGGACUGCUCCCGCCACGUGGGCGUCUCGCUGGGCGGGGCCCUGGCGCUGCUUUCCUUCCUCACCCCGCUGGCCUUCCUGCUGCUGCCCCAGCUGCUGUGGCGGGAGGAGCUGGAGCCCUGCGGCACGCCCUGCGAGGGGCUCUUCAUCUCCGUGGCCUUCAAACUCCUCAUCCUCCUGCUGGGCAGCUGGGCCCUCUUCUUCCGCCGCCCCAAGGCCUUCUUCCCCCGCGUCUUCGUCUUCCGGGCCCUGCUCAUGGUGCUCGUCUUCCUCCUCGUCGUCUCCUAUUGGCUCUUCUACGGCGUGCGCAUCCUGGACUCGCGCGACCGCAACUACCAGGGCGUGGUGCAGUACGCCGUCUCCCUGGUGGACGCGCUGCUCUUCGUCCACUACCUGGCCGUGGUCCUGCUGGAGCUGCGUCAGCUCCAGCCCCAGUUCACGCUCAAGGUGGUGCGCUCCACCGACGGGGCCAGCCGCUUCUACAACGUGGGCCACCUCAGUAUCCAGCGCGUGGCAGUGUGGAUCCUGGAGAAUUAUUACCAUGAUUUCCCCGUCUACAACCCCGCCCUCCUCAACCUGCCAAAAUCCGUCCUGUCUAAGAAAAUGUCCGGGUUCAAGGUGUACUCGCUCGGCGAGGAAAACACAACGAACAACUCGACGGGCCAGUCCCGGGCCGUUAUCGCCGCGGCCGCCCGGCGGCGUGACAACAGCCACAACGAGUACUACUAUGAGGAGGCCGAGCACGAGCGCAGGGUCCGGAAGCGCCGCGCCAGGCUGGUGGUGGCCGUGGAGGAGGCCUUUACCCACAUCAAGCGGCUGCAGGAGGAGGACCAGAAGAACCCGCGGGAGAUCAUGGACCCGCGAGAAGCUGCCCAGGCCAUCUUCGCCUCCAUGGCCCGGGCCAUGCAGAAGUACCUGCGUACCACCAAGCAGCAGCCGUACCACACCAUGGAGAGCAUCCUGCAGCACCUGGAGUUCUGCAUCACCCAUGACAUGACUCCCAAGGCCUUCCUCGAGAGGUACCUGAGCGCUGGGCCCACCAUCCAGUACCACAAAGACCGCUGGCUGGCCAAGCAGUGGACGCUGGUCAGCGAGGAGCCGGUGACCAAUGGCCUGAAGGACGGAGUAGUCUUUGUCCUCAAGCGCCAAGACUUCAGCCUGGUGGUGAGCACGAAGAAGAUCCCCUUCUUCAAGCUUUCCGAGGAGUUUGUGGACCCCAAGUCACAUAAGUUCGUCAUGAGGCUGCAGUCGGAGACCUCCGUGUGAACUGCAAAGGGGGCGGGUUGGGCUAUGAGCUUAUGCCUGAGGAGGAGCAAGCUCCCUCCAAGACUCUCCCUUUUUUGACCGGAGCUCAGAGAGACCACCAUGCAGGGAGAGCCCUGUAGGAACCUCCCGGAACCAGCGUGCAUGUCCUAGGGCUCCGUCUCCUCUCUCUGCCCUCCUCCAUCUCUGCUUGCCCCCCGUUUGGGGGUUGGGGGCAGAGCCCUUUCCCCUUCCCAUCUCUGCUGUCUCCAAAACCCAGAUUCUUGUAGCAACCUCCCAGGAGGUCGGAAGGUGCGUCGUGCGAAGGCUGGCGUUUUCGCAGGAGGAAGAUCCCUCAUUUGGUGUCAAAACUCAAGGGCUACUUUUGUUCCUUCCUUCACCAGCAUCUCCAAAUGCAGCUGGGUCCGAGGAACCUUCUCAGUUUCCCUUUUUUUAUUACUAUCCCGAUCCUGGCCUUUUUUACAACUCCCCCGGAUGUUUGGAGUUUGUUUUGUAAAUUCCCUCGCGCGAGGCUUUUGGAGCAUUUGCAAGCGUCCCUCCAGUAUCGUGGCUGCUAUCGAAACCUCCCUGCUCCACCUGCGGGCAGGAAAAGACGAACUAACGAUGCCGACUCUCUGGUAUAGGAACCUCCUCUUUGGCUCUUCUCUGGGGUUUUCCAGAUCAAUUUUUUAACAACAGCGAGAAGACUAGUUUUAAAAAGUUUUUUAAAUAGGGAUUUUUUGUGUGUGUGCUGAUCUCUGUGCUUUGUAAUGGAAUCCUGUGUUUUUUGUAAAUAGUGACUCAAACCGGCCCAGUUCCGCUUCCUUGACUAACUGGGUCCAAUUCCUCCUUUACACCAAGGGCAUCUUUACACCACUCCGGCAGUGUAAGGGGGCCUUAAAGUGGAUGUCAAGUAGGGUUACGCCGCCGGAGUGGCAUAAAGGGGCCUUUGUGUCCAGGAGAAUCAGGGCCCCCCCCUCCCCCCCCCCAUGAUAAGGUUGGUGAAUGUGCUGCAUUGCAGGAUUUGAGCAGAGUGACUCAUCCCCCUUGUGCCGAGGCCUCAGGCUGUUCUCUGUCUGGAGGCUGAGCUUGGGUUUAGCAGUUGGGAUUUACAGGAAAAAAAACGCACCUAAUCUCUCCCAUGCCCUAGGAAUCAUCCCCAGCCUCGGGCGAGUAAAGCCACUGUGACUCUUGCUUUUGUUAAGGGUCAUGACAGCAAGGUACAUGCCUAACUUUACCUCUUUAAGGUACUUACGUGGCCCCCAUCACCACAGCGUCUGGGGGGCUCACAGCUCCCCUGUGCAGUCGGGCAGUGCUGUUGUCCCAGUUCUGCAGCACAGGUCGGCGAAGCCAAGUGACUUGCCCAAGGAAUCUGUGGCGGAGAAGGGGCUCAAACCCAGAUCUCGCAGGCCCAGGAGCCUAACCACUAGCCGAUCCUUCCUCUGAUCCCCACCCCCAGCGGGUGUAACCCAGCGUAGGGCCAUUACCUUUAAAGGAGCUCUGCCGACUUUACCCGCUGAGAUUCUGGCCUGUUGAUGUAAGUGGAACUGCUCUUGUGCUGGAAGUCAGGUGUGUGCUUUAACGGCCUUGCUGGUUCAGGGCCUAUCGUCACACGCACGUUUGGUGCGAAAACAGCCCCUCCAACUGUGCUCCUGUAACUGCCAGCAAACAAGUAAUUGCUCCCAUGAACGCUGCAGUGGCGAGCCUGGCUGCUGUAGACUGAGCUAGGUUCUCUUCUUCCUCCUGCACCAUCCACAGAGCCUGGCGACAGCAUCUUCGGCCUUGGUUCUCGGCGCCCCGAGCCUCGCACGGCCCCUCACGCUGGUGCACAGCCGGGUGUAAAAGGCUCCCCCUCCUGAUCUGGCAGUCUUUUGCCCUCCCUUUGUACUGAUGACCCAGGGAGCUGGAGAAUCGGGUUUUUUUGUCUCCAGAGCUGGUGCGGGAAGGGGACAAGCAUGCAGAGACUGCAGCUGGUUCCCGGGGCUGGCCGCAGCUAAUGAAAUCCAGUUUUUGGCUUUGUUACAAACGGAGCUGGUUGAAUCUAGAGACGAAGGCCUCCAGGUCCAUUUCUCUUACGCCCGCUUUGUAGAUUGAAUUAGUUUCAACACGCCAGCUGGCCCCCUGCACGAACAGGGCUCUUGUCCACAGAAGAGGGCUAAAGCCAAGUCACAUGACUUAAAAAUAAUUUUUGCUUCCUCCUGGCAAACUUUGUCCUGGUCUCCCCCUUUAAUUUUGUUUCUGGAGCAGCAUCACUGGGCGUGCAUCAAGGGCCCAAUCUGGCUCCUGCUGGAGUCUCCAGAGGCCCAAUUCCUGACCUUCCUGCCCCUUCACGCCAGCUCAAAGCGAGCGUGUGAGAUGCAGCCGUUCUGAUCCACUGGCGUCUUACACCUGACUUUGCACAUGCCUCAGUGACCAGGGCCCAGACCCUGCCGACUCCUAGGUACACGCUGAGCUUUAUGUCCCGUUGGGCCUGCUCCUCUGCAGCGCCCGGUGCAGUCAUGAACGCGGGUCACUAGUACAAAGCGAGGGCAAACCAGAAUGGUCAUGCGUUCACACCCGUCGCACUGGUGCAGUGCGGGUCUGACCCUGUGCCUGUCGCCAUCCGUGGUCAUGCUCCCAAUGACUUCAGUGGAGCAGGAGCAGGCCCAGAAUGCACCAGGCACAGGGUGACGGAGAAGUGGGCACAAGGGGACCGAUCACAUGCACAAGUGUCAGGAUCUGAGCAAGGCCAGGUGCAAGGCUGCGGAGGAUCGGGUCCAGGGAGAGUGCGGGGGUGUCUCUCCCAUGUCCCCAAAGAUUCAUUCCUUCUUCCCUCCCGUGUCCUCGGGAGCCCGGAAUCAGAAACCUGCAAUUCGUUACUGUGCCAUGGCCUCCCCCUUGGUACCGAGUUCUCCCACUCAGCUGGUGCGUGCGUCUGGAACUCCCCACCCAGUGGAUACUAGAACUGGCCGGCCGUCUCUCCCAUGGGCCUGUAUGAAUUCUGCCUAUGCCAGCUUCAGUGCUGGGGAGGGGCCUGGGCUAGACCCGCCGCCUGCCCUCCCCAACUGCAAGUGGCAACAUUACGAUGGGCCCCUCGCUUGGCGGGUUUUCGUCUCCCUUUUUUUGUUUGUUUGUUUUUUAGGUCAAACCAACACGAAGUCUUUUUGGUUACAAAUACCUCACGGGUUUUAUACUGGGUCCUUUCUACCGUCUGUGCCGUUGUCGUUUGCAAAAGGAUGGCUAUGUGUGUUGGGUUUGAGGAGAACUCUGGGGCUGUGUGAGGGUACUCAGAAACGUCGGGUCGCUGUAGGGGUUGGGGGGGGGUUGUAGGGCUCGCCAGGUUUUGUCACUGUGAUUUCAACUUUUUCUUUUUUUAAAGCACUAAGAUUAUUAAAGGGCUGUGAUUUGUUGGGGCAGGAGGGGAAAUUGAUGCUAUUUUGCUCUUGAAGUCAGAUCUGUGGUUAAUUUUUUUUCCUUUUAUUUUUAAAAUUAGGGGUCUCCCCUCCCCCUCCCGGCUUCCAUGCUGUUGCUCAGAGGUUUACAAUCAUGGUAACUCCCUAUCUCUCUAACAGCCUCUGGGAUGUCAACUGCCUUUCUUUCUGAGCUCAGAUCCUCCAGGCUAGCCCCCCAGCUGGUGCGAGUUGCCGUAACAUCUGUCCAUCAGUCCGCCUGUCAGUCAUAGGGUGUUAUUUUGCCACCCAUCACCAUAGUAUGUGGGCACCUUCCACAUAAGAUCAAUAGCAAAGUCCCUAGUGGAUUUUAUGGCCUUUUUCAGGGUCAAAAUUUGGGCUUGGGGGUAAGUUGAGCCCAGCUGUGGAUCUGGGUCUCCAAGUCUGUACAAAGAUACUCUGAUCUCCUCUUUGUCCUGUUCUCUCACUGUUAUUUGACUUCAUAGAAUCAUAGAAUAUCAGGGUUGGAAGGGACCUCAGGAGGUCAUCUAGUCCAACCCCCUGCCCAAAGCAGGACCAAUCCCCAAUUUUUGCCCCAAAUGGCCCCCUCAAGGAUUGAGCUCACAACCCUGGGUUUAGCAGGCCAAUGCUCAAACCACUGAGCUAUCCCUCCCCAAGCCUACAGUGCCCAGUAUUCCCUGGAGGUCUCCCGUCCAAGUACUAACCAGUUAGCACCAGAUUCACCAUGCGUUCAGAGUUUGCCCUAUGCUGAGGUCCGUGCACCACUAAGCCCUUUAAAACAGCUUUGGUGGGACGUCACUGGUGCAAUUGCUCUGUGCAAGCCCCUCUACACAGCAGGGGAAUUUCACCCCGUCUCUUUCUUCCCUAUUCCCAGCAUCCUCUGUGCUUAUCACCCGGGUCCGAUUUUGUUCUUGGUUACACUGGUGUAAAUCUGGAGCAACAUCAGUGGAGUCACUCUGGGUUUGCACAAGUGCAGCUGAGACCAGUCUGACUGUCUCUAGUCUUCCAGGGCUUUUAACCCUUUGUUUCCAUCUCCGUUCCAUGCUGCUUUGGAUCUCUGUACCUUGGCAUUUCCAUUACCACACCAAGCUGCCGGCUUCCCCACCCAUCCCUGCUGGGUCAUCUCCCAACAUGAGAUCCCACUCCCUUUGUUUGGCUCAGUUAGUGUCUUGGCUCUUGUCCUCUCGACUUCAUUUCCUUCCACCCUUAGGCCAGAUUCUGAUCCCAGUGACACUCAUGUGGAGUCACGUGAGGAGGGUCACUGGAGAGACUCUGGAUUGACACCAGUUCCACUGAGAUCAGAAACCGGCCUCCAACUUCACAUCCAGAUUCCGAUAUCAGUAUCACGGCACGGAGGUCAGUGAAGUGACUCUGGAUUUACAUUUGUUUAAUCAUGACCAAAAUCUCGGGCCCGAUUCCUCCUUGUCCUGCACCUAGCUUUACACCACUGCAUAGCAGGUGUCAGCGACGAGACAAAGCGCAGGACAACCGAGAAUCACAGCCCAUCGCUCCAAUCUCUCAGAUUCCUUAACAUCCUCCACCUUCCCCUAGAAAACAAAGCCCUGAGCUGUAAACCCUAAGCGUCAAUAUUCCAAGGACAAGAGGAUCCAGCUAAAACAUCUGGAUCAUUGAAGAUGCUUCAUGCACACAUCUGCUUCCAUUACUGCUACCUUCCACCAGCAGGGCGAUUCCCUUACCAUCACCAUUUCUUCUCCUCCAGAGGAUCUGUUAAUCUGUCCAUCUGUGUGUCUCCUUUCCUGAUCCUCCAGGGGGAUCUUUCGCCGACAUGGUUUUAUGGAUCGGUCACCAUUGCUGUGAGCAUCUUGUCACGUUUCCGUGUGCACAUUUACAGGGGGAGAGUUGUUUGGUUUUUUUUUAAAUUUUUUUUUAGUUAAAAAAAAAAAAAAAGACAAAAAUACUGACUCUUCCGUGGAGUGCGAUUGUAAAUGUAGAGGCUUUAGGGGUUUUGUUUUUCCACUCUGAGUUGAGGGAGAAAAAGGUUUUGGGGUUUUUGUUUUUGUUUUUUACAGAGCUGAUACCUUGUGCAUGCGUGUAGAAAAUUGUAAAAUGUAAAAUUGUUUUUUAAUAUAUAAAAAGUUUGGUUUUCCAGUUUGCAGUGAAUCUAAGCAUUAUGGCCAUGUUAGGAACUUUGGGUUUUUUUCAUAAAUAUAGGAACUAAAACUGUACAAAUGUUUUUUAUAUAAAAUAAACACAUUUGACAUUUUUCUUUUC